UUAGUUCCCCGUUUUGCAACUAAAACCACCGUUUCUAUUGGACAGUAUCGGGUAGGUCCCCUCCCGUUUCGUUUGCCUCCGUUUAUGGAACGUUUUGCAACAGAAUUGGCAUAAUGAAUGAGCCCCUGGAAAUCUUCUACUGUACAGAUGAAAACAGUUUGACCAGCUGUGGCUUUCUGAUUACGUGUCUACAGUCGGGAACGAUAACAACAAGAAACAUACAUUCACUGGACUUUAAAGCUGCGUCUGGAUCAGUGUGUUCAGGUGUGUGUGUUUUAUCAGGUGAUCGUAAUGGCGGAGGGAGGCUUUGACCCCUGUGAGUGCAUCUGCACGCAGGAGCACGCCAUGAGACGACUCAUCAACCUGCUUCGUCAGUCUCAGUCCUACUGCACAGACACGGAGUGUCCUCAGGACUUACCAGGACCCAGUGGCUCAGUAGGAGGUGGAGACCUGACUGUCCCCGUGGUUCUGAUGGGCUGGAUGGUUCUGGUUCUGCUCCUCUUCCUCCUCAGACCCAACAGCCUCAGAGGAUCCCCAGCACCGCCUGCCGGCAAACCUACUGGACCUCACAGUAGUCGUGACCAGGAUCCCCCAGCUCCACCAGUGGACUAGCAGCAGAACCAGAUGGGACAGAACCGGAGAGAACCAGACGUUCUACUGGACAACCCAACAUCUCCACCAGACGUUCUACUGGACAACCCAACAUCUCCACCAGACGUUCUACUGGACAACCCAACAUCUCCUCCAGACGUUCUACUGGACAACCCAACAUCUCCUCCAGACGUUCUACUGGACAAACCAACAUCUCCUCCAGACGUUCUACUGGACAACCCAACAUCUCCUCCAGACGUUCUACUGGACAACCCAACAUCUCCUCCAGACGUUCUACUGGACAACCCAACAUCUCCACCAGACGUUCUGCCCGUUCUACGUUGGUACCUCGGAACCCAACAGCUUACUGCGACCUCCGACCCCUGUACAUCACAAUGCAUUUCCUGUUUAGUGCACUACUUUAGACCAGAGGCCUAUGGGGGUAGUGCACAACUUUAGACCAGAGGCCUAUGGGGGUAGUGCACAACUUUAGACCAGAGCCCUAUGGGGUAGUGCGCUACUUUAGACCAGAGCCCUAUGGGGUAGUGCACUACUUUAGACCAGAGCCCUAUGGGGUAGUGCACUACUUUAGACCAGAGCCCUAUGGGGGUAGUGCACUACUUUAGACCAGAGCCCUAUGGGGGUAGUGCACUACUUUAGACCAGAGCCCUAUGGGGGUAGUGCACUACUUUAGACCAGAGCCCUAUGGGGUAGUGCACUACUUUAGACCAGAGCCCUAUGGGGUAGUGCACUACUUUAGACCAGAGCCCUAUGGGGUAGUGCACUACUUUAGACCAGAGCCCUAUGGGGGUAGUGCACUACUUUAGACCAGAGCCCUAUGGGGGUAGUGCACUACUUUAGACCAGAGCCCUAUGGGGUAGUGCACUACUUUAGACCAGAGCCCUAUGGGGUAGUGCACUAUAUAGGUCAGGGUUGGGGGGGUGGGAUCCACAACAAAGAUCUGCCAUCAUCAGGAGGGGCCACAGUUGAUCACGGGUCUGUGUACCCACGUCUAUAAGUGGCUAACAUAAGAGAGAAACUGUUGAUCUAAAAAAAACACAUUUAGAAAUUCCACUUUGUGUGUUUUACUAAUCUAACUCAGAGGGGAAUGUAGAGACUGGAUCGGCCUGUCCUCUUUCCUCUGGGCAUCACUGGCUGGGUCUCAGAUGGCCUUUCUAGUGCACUACAUAGGGCUCUUGUCAGAAUUAGUGCACUACAUAGGGCUCUAGUCAGAAUUAGUGCACUACAUAGGGCUCUAGUCAGAAUUAGUGCACUACAUAGGGCUCUUGUCAGAAUUAGUGCACUACAUAGGGCUCUAGUCAGAAUUAGUGCACUACAUAGGGCUCUAGUCAGAAUUAGUGCACUACAUAGGGCUCUAGUCAGAAUUAGUGCACUACAUAGGGCUCUAGUCAGAAUUAGUGCACUACAUAGGGCUCUAGUCAGAAUUAGUGCACUACAUAGCGCUCUUGUCAGAAUUAGUGCACUACAUAGAUUGGGGUGCAAUUUGGGACUCAGACAUUAUUUUGUUAAUAAGGUCAACUAGCUAGUCACUAGUCAUGUAGUUUAUUGAUUGGUCUGAUCAACUAGCUAGUCACUAGUCGUAGAAUCACUUAGCAACAAGAGAGGGGGAGGGGCUCUUCAGAAUCAACACCCCGACAUUCCGCGGUGAUGUCACAAUGGAUCUGAGUGUAGCGCGCGUUGAUGAUGUCAUAGUGUAAGUUCAACUGUGUUGUUGUGUAGUCAGGUCAUGGGGGUGUAUUCAUUAUGUCUAUUCUGUUGCAAAACGUUUUUUUAGUUUGUUGCAACAACAAAAACGAACAAAAAAUGUUUCGCAUCAGAAACCAUUUCUUUUACUCCAGAGUUUCUAUUGGGCAAAUGUCGGUAGGUUCCUCCCCCGUUUCGUUCUGUUUGCUGUUGUUUGGUUUGUAAAAUGGUAAACGGUUUCCGUUGCAAGACGUAAUGAAUACACUCCAGGGUUUUUUAUUUUUUAUCUGUCUGUUUUGAAGCCGAUACACCAUUUUGAAAAGGCUAUUUUAUAUUAACCCCCGACUCUCUCUCUGUUCGGUGUUGGGCAGAGUGAACGUGAACUUGUCUUCUCCCCAAAAAUGUAUCCCUAGUCCCUAUAUAGUGCCCUACUUCAGUCCAGGGCUCUGGCAAGAGUAGUGUACUAUUUAGACAAUAGGGUGUGCUUUGGGAAGCCUAUGCUGUGAGGCCUAGCAGGGGGGGUCUCCUAGUGUAAGAGAUGUUUUACUAAAAUGGUGUUUUGUUACGUGUUCUCACCUUCAUAAUAAAGGGUCUGAGGUAGGUGG